AUGUCUAUCCCUACGUAUGCUAUGAGCUGUUUCUUGCUCCCAAAGUCUCUUUGUAAAGAAUUAGAGAUGAUGAUGGCAAAGUUUUGGUGGGGAAAUCAGGGGCAAGGGAAUAAAAUUCACUGGGUAAGUUGGGAGAAACUAAGUAACUCUAAAUUUAGAGGAGGGAUGGGUUUUAAAGAUCUACAUCUUUUUAAUCUAGCUCUUUUAGCUAAACAAGGUUGGCGGCUUCUUCGGAAUGAGGGAUCCCUCGUACAUCGUGUUUUUAAAGCCAAAUAUUUCCCCAAUACAAGUUUGUUUGAUGCCAAGCUUAUAUGUAAUUCAUCAUAUGUGUGGAAGCGUCUUUUGGAAGCUAUAACAGAUUUGAAGAGAGGGUGUAGGUGGAGAGUGGGAAAUGGAAAAUCUAUUAAUGUCUUUAAAGAUCCAUGGAUUCCUGAUUAUAAUUUACCCCUCAAUAAUUCUGAAUUUGAUGAAGAUUUAAAAGUUCAUUCUUUGAUUGAUAGCAGUACGGGAUGGUGGAAUAUACAAGCCUUAAGAGCUCUAUUCAAUCCAAAUGUGGUUCAGAAAAUUCUGCAGCUUAAUAUUUCUAUUCAUGUUGAAGAUUCUUUAUUUUGGGUGCAUGAGAAAAAUGGAAAUUAUUCAAUUAGAAGUGCCUACUAA